UCAAGGCAUCUGCAAUAAAACUUAGAGAACAAUCAUGUAAACCAAGACCAGUGGUGGUUGGUGACCAGACAGGAGGAAACAGACCAUAUAAUAUAUUAUUGCACCGCUGCUCAGGAACUUGUGAUGACACUGAACCAGAACGUAAACCCUGUACAGCAUUAAUCACAGAAGAAAUUGACCUCAUAGUGAAAGAUCCCUCAAAUGGAGCAGAAAAGACCAUCCAGGUCCAUAAUCACACCAGUUGUGGUUGUGACUGUGGUGACCUUGACUGUGAUUUCCACAAAGGCGAGCUUCUAGAUGCAGAUAAAUGUAUGUGCACACCUAAUGCACAGCCAUCUGGGAAUAAACCUGAAACAGAUAAUAUUGUGCCAUACAAGAUUGGAUUGGGUGUGAUGGGUUUAGUGGCACUUUGUGGUUUUGUUUUUGGAAUGAUGGUUUGCAUUAAGAGAAAAAAACAUCCCGAAGAAAUUUAAGCAACCCUGCUGUAAGCAGAAGGAAUAUCCAGUGGGAGAACAAACAUCAGGAGAUGAACCAGUAUGAAGACAGAUUUUAAUUAUAUAAUACACAAUAUAUCACUGUAGAGGAGUUAAUGUUAUGAUUACUGGCAAACUUCAUCGUUAGCAGUUUUAGGGAUAUUUAAGUGUCUGUAAAGGUUAAUCACCCAUGGCCAGAUAUCAGCAUUAUUGUUUAGUUUAUGUACAUAUAUUGUUUAUAGAUGGUUUUAACUGCAGCCUAAGGCUGAAUAGGUCAGUGAAUCAAGACAGAUGCAUUCUUAGAGGUACUGUAGUUGAGAAUGAUAACUGGAAGAAUAGCUGUGUUAGGUCCACCUAAUUGAUUAAAACUGACAAGUCUGACACCAUACCUCAAGUCUUGGGUAUGAAGAAUGAAAACUUUGAUCUCGUCUGACAACCAAUUUUUCAUAGUCAAGAGGAGUAAUAGCAACUUCGACUGAGACAUUUGGGAAAAGUGCAUUCUUGAAGUUACACUUUCUGAUAUAGAAAGAAAGAAUUCCAUAACUUUGGUUGCAGUAAGUGUAGUACAUAAUUACAAGUUAAACAACAUUUGUUUUUAUCGUUAGAAAGAUCUGUCCUCUCUAACAGGGAGACAUCAUAGGGCCUAUGGUUCAUGGUACAACAGGAUUGAUAAUGUAUCGUCAAAUCAAUAUUUAAAAAAUCCUUAAUGGACUUAAGGUUGUUCAAAAGAACAUUUUAAAAUGGAGAAAUAAUUUUUUCAUUGAAUAGCAUUGAAUUAAAUUGUAUCGUGAAAUUUGUAGGCAUUAAUUGAGAAUGCAGACUGAAUUAUUUGAACAUUUGCCACGAAAAGGUUCUUGUUUAGUCCAUUUUACAGUCGUGUACUUGGUGCCAAGCCUUUCAACAGGAGUGAGGCUUAGGGUGACCUCGUUACGAUACAAAUGUUACUGCCUUUCAAAUGUAAAUUACUUUGUUAUCAUACGAACUAGAUAAUGGUCUCUAUCACAAAAAGGUCUCCUUCGGCAUCACUCAAAAUCAAAGGCUUGGCAAUUAAGUACACAACUGUAGAACGUCUUAUUAAUAAUAAUUUAUGCAUUGCUUCAGUUAAUUCUGAAACAUGUUAGCUAUUAGGUCAAAUACAAUUUGAGCUGUUGUAUUCCAUGUAGUUCAUUUGAGAUUAAUUGCAAAAAAAAAUCAUUUUGUUUUGAAGUCUGGAAAUGUUAGAAUAUGCAAAUUUGCAAUUUGUUGAUUUCUAAAUAUAGAUUUUGUUAUCCUUCUUGGCUCUGUACUGUGCUAAAUCACAGGUUCCAAUUCCUUAAUUAACUUAAUGAUAUUGUACUUUCCAGUACACUUGUGAAAUAAAAAGUGUGAAUUACAUCAA